CUGUUCUAAAUCAUAGAACUGAUCCAAUAUGCCAAUGCAUAAGGAACUAUUACUUAACUAUGACCUAUUAUUGGCAUUCUUGUCACGAGUCUUUGAUUCUUGUCUAUGGAUUGGGAUUAUGGGAUGAUUGUAGGUUAGAUUGAAUUCUACAUUUUAUGGUUUGUGAUUAUUGCUUUUAUGAAACGGAACGAAUUUUAAAUUAUCACAAAAUCGCUAAAAAAUAAUUAAUUUACUUACAAAUAUUUAAUAAUUUAAUAAAAAUGCCUUGUUGGUAUUAUGAUAAAAAGGAGUUAAAGAAUACACCUUCAGCAUUGGAUGGAAUCGAUUACGAGACCGAAAUGAGAUAUAGGAAAGAAGGUGCAAGAUUUAUAAUUGAUACUGGAUCAAAAAUGGACUUGGGAUACAAUACAACAGCAACGGGAGUAGUCUACUUUCACAGAUUUUACAUGUUUCAUUCUUUUAGACAGUUUCCACGCUAUGUAACAGCAUGCUGUUGUUUAUUUCUCGCUGGAAAAGUAGAGGAAACUCCUAAAAAAUGUAAAGAUAUUAUUAAGACAGCAAGGAGUUUAUUAAGUGAUACUAAAUUUGCUACAUUUGGGGAUGAUCCAAAAGAAGAAGUAAUGACUUUAGAGCGAAUAUUAUUACAAACAAUCAAAUUUGAUUUGCAAGUUGAGCAUCCUUACAGUUAUUUGCUUCGUUAUGCAAAAUGUUUGAAAGGAGAUAAAGUUAAAUUACAAAAAAUGGUGCAGAUGGCAUGGACCUUUGUCAAUGAUAGUCUCUGCACAACUCUUGCACUGCAAUGGGAACCUGAAAUUAUAGCAGUAGCAUUAAUGUAUUUAGCUGGAAAAUUAAGUCAAUUUGAAGUUAUCGACUGGGUUGGCAGAACCUCAAAACAUCUAAGGUGGUGGGAUAUGUUUGUCGAAGAUGUAACUAUGGAUUUAUUAGAAGACAUAUGCCAUCAGGUGAGUUAUUUUUUAUCGUCAGAUCUGCACACUGGUAUCUUGAUACAUCGCACUUUCCUUGAAUGUAUGAAUGACGGCGUUUCCGAUCAUUAA